AUAUUAUAACGAAGAUAUGUCUAUCGCGGGUUCUUUUCUUUUAAAUAGAGAAGUCGAUGGAGUAUUGGUGGAAUCUUCUAAUGUUCAAGAAUUUGAAGGACUUGAUUUUAAAAUAAAGACGGAAACACUUCCAACUGAAGACAACAACACGAGAUUAUUGUUUCUGGAUAAAAAUGAUAAGGAAAUUCCUGUACCAGAAGACAUAGAAUGCAAAGAUGUUACAUCUAAAAAAGAGGUUAUUAAAAAGCCGCUUCCUCAUACUCAAUAUUUUUUAAUUACUCAUCCUCUUAAAUAUGAGAUUUAUCAUAAUAAUAAAUGUAUAUAUAAAAUAACUGGAGAGAAAAAAUUUUCAAUUUUUAAUUAUCAAAAACCAGAAGAG